CCGGCAUGCCUUGCGGGUACCGCAAGAUGGCGUCGCCCAUGCUGAGACUCCUGUACCGCGUUCCGCAGACGAGGGUCUGGCCACGAGGGCCGCGUACGGUGCGCCUGGACACGCGGGGAUUGCUGGUAGCACCAAGGGCCCGCGGCCUGUUCAAGGAAUUCUUCCCGGAGAGCGGCACGAAGACAGAGCUCCCCGAACUCUUUGACCGCCGCAGGGCGGGCUCGUCGCCCCAGACGGUGUACUGCGGUUUCGACCCCACGGGCGAUUCGCUUCACGUGGGGCACCUGUUAACUUUGUUGGGUCUAUUCCACUUCCAGCGAGCCGGCCACAACGUGAUCGCGCUCGUGGGCGGCUCCACGGCUCUUCUGGGAGACCCCAGCGGCCGGACCAAGGGGCGCGAGGCGCUGAGCGCGGAGUGCGUGCGGGCCAACGCGUGCGCCCUGCAGCGAGGGCUCGAGACCGUGGCGGCCAACCAUGCGCGCCUCUUCGCGGACGGGCGGCCCUGGGGCACUUUCACGGUGCUCGACAACGCUGCCUGGUUCCAGAAGCAGCACCUAGUGGAUUUUCUGGCCACGGUGGGCGGCCACUUCCGCAUGGGCACUCUGCUGAGCCGACUGAGCGUGCAGGCUCGUCUCAAGAGCCCCGAGGGCAUGAGCUUGGCGGAGUUCUUUUACCAGGUGCUCCAGGCCUAUGACUUCUAUUACCUUUUCCAGAACUAUGGAUGCCGGGUCCAGCUGGGCGGAUCAGACCAGAUGGGCAACAUUAUGUCUGGCUACGAGUUCAUCCACAAGUUGACUGGAGAAGAUGUGUUCGGAAUCACUGUACCUCUAAUUACAAAUACAACUGGAGCAAAGCUGGGAAAGUCUGCAGGCAACGCAGUUUGGCUAAACAGAGAGAAAACCUCACCUUUUGAACUUUAUCAGUUCUUUAUCAGACAGCAAGAUGAUUCUGUAGAGAGGUACCUGAAGCUUUUCACUUUCCUUCCCCUCCCAGAGAUUGAUCACAUUAUGCAGCUACAUGUCAAAGAACCAGAAAAACGAGUUGCUCAGAAAAGACUUGCUGCAGAAGUAACAAAGCUUGUUCACGGACAAGAAGGUCUGGACUCUGCUAAAAGGUGUACACAAGCCCUUUACCAUAGCAGCAUAGAGGCACUGGAGGUCAUGUCUGACCAAGAGUUAAAAGAACUGUUUAGAGAAGCUUCAUUUUCUGAAUUAGUUCUCGACCCUGGAACAAGUGUCAUAGAUACAUGCCGUAAAGCAAAUGCCAUUCCUGAUGGUCCCCGAGGGUAUCGGAUGAUAACAGAAGGUGGAGUCAGUAUAAAUCACAGACAGGUAACAAAUCCUGAGGGUGUUUUAGUAAUUGGACAGCAUAUUCUCAAGAAUGGACUUUCCUUACUUAAAAUAGGAAAAAGGAAUUUCUACAUUGUAAAAUGGCUUCAGCUGUGAAAGGUUUUGUCUACAUUUGUCCAUCAUCAACAUGUGGAGGUCUCCAGAAUCCCAAGAGUGGAGUGUGUUCAAGGCCCCCUCACAAUGUAAACACUUCUGUGCAUUUCAAAAAUAAAGUGUUAUUUAAUUAUAGUUCA